GAAGAAGAAACAACGAGGGGAGGGACCUGAGCAGAGACAGUGUCAGGAGGAAAGAGUUUACAUUACGGUUAUAGCUAUAAUUUCUGUAUUGAAUAACGUUACAUUGGCGAUGAUCUAAUUGAUUUAUUGUUUAAAUACAAGGAUUUGCCUCUGUUCAUAUCAGGAUGUCUGAGCCAAGCGCUAGAUAUCAGCAGCUGCCCAAUGAAGAGGAGCCAGAGGAGGUUCUCCAGGUGGCAGCUGAAGCCCCACCCCCUUACAGCAGCAUUGCAGCAGAUAAUGCAGCUUAUUUUGACUACAAAGAGGACGGGGGGUUCCCCAAGCCACCGUCAUACAACGUGGCCACAACUCUCCCUUCCUAUGACGAGGCAGAGAGAACCAAGGCUGAAGUCCAUGUUCCCUUGGUUGCUGAAAGGGAUGAUGACUUUGCAGCCAGGGAUGACUUUGAGGAUGCGGACCAGCUACAGAUAGGCAACGAUGGGAUUUUCAUGUUGACCUUUUUUAUGGCAUUCCUCUUCAACUGGAUCGGUUUCUUCCUAUCCUUCUGUCUGACCACCUCAGCAGCUGGCCGCUACGGAGCCAUCUCUGGCUUUGGCCUGUCACUCAUCAAGUGGAUCCUCAUCGUCCGGUUCUCCACCUACUUCCCUGGGUACUUUGAUGGGCAGUACUGGCUGUGGUGGGUGUUCCUGGUAAUGGGAUUCCUGCUCUUCCUCAGAGGAUUCAUCAACUACGCCAAGAUACGCAAAAUGGCUGACUCGUUUUCUACUCUCCCGCGAACCAGAGUCCUUUUCAUCUACUAAAAGUGGAAAUCUGACUUCUAUAGAGAAGUUUGCUCUGGCUUCUAAACUCCAUCCCGGGAGGCUGAGAAAUGUUUUGCUGCCGUUGAAUCGGACGAUACACUUUCGGUCUCUUGAUGUAAACUGGUGGAUGUUGACAAUUCUGUAACUAUUCAAUCAUUAGUGGUUUGUCAAGUGCUAUUUGCAAUCAAGUCUGUGAUGUAUAAAUAAUGCCUUACAUAUUAUUAUCAGUUUGUAGCAAUGGUUAUGUACUGAGCCCCUUUUAGCCAAUAGGGGGCAGUCUUGUCUUUUUCUGUCCUCUUUCAAAGUGUUUGAUAUGGAGACUGUUCAGCUGUAUGCUGAACCUGUGACAGUACCAUUGAGUUUUGUCUGUGGAUCGGAGCAUUGAGUCAAAUUUAUCAAAAGCAGUGCUUUUUUCUUGAUGUGUAUAUGAUAAUGAAAUUAAAGUCUGUCUUAAGAUGUUACCUUCAAUGUGUAGAAAACUGAAUGAUUUUGUAUUCAAGCGUCAUUUUCAGUCAAUACAGUGAUCGAGGUAUGUGUUGGAACCUUGUUGCUCGGGUUUGUCAGUGCAUUUCAGACAUUUAAGGAGUAUCUGAGGAAUUGAUUUCACCUUUUUAUUUAAGCAGGGAGUCCCCUUGAGACUAAGCUCUUCUUUCUUUUAAGGGAGGCCUGCACGACGACUAAAAAUUGGUUGAACUGUUCAGGUAUAUGUACCAAUCGUAUUUGACACUCAUCAAUCCUUAACUUGCAUCGACGAUUUUGAUUGGCGCAGGUUUUUGUACGCAACCCUUGUAAAUCAGUAUUCGGUUUGUUAUCACCAUAAUUACCUAUCUCUACAGUCUACUGCAUUUUGUUUUUUAACAAUCGUUCUGGGGUAUUUCAUGUAUUUCUGUAUUACUGCGGGUAUGAGGGAGGUGGGGAGGUAGGUUGAGAUGGAUGUUGGGGUAGUAGAGUACACAUCUGCAGUGAAUAGUUCCCUCCAUGUUUGGGAUUGGUCAGUGAAUCUGGUGUAAUACACAUGAAGUUAUAGGUGCUGGGUGGUUCCUUAAUGUAUCAUAUGAUCAAUUGAGUUACCUGGUGUUUUCACUACCCAAAGGACAGUGGGAGGGAGAAGCUGGUGUGUUUAUGCCCUGAUUUCUUAAUUUGGCUGUACGUAGAGUAAAAGAGCCUUCACCAAAUAAAUGUUUGAUGGUUUGAAGUGCACUUUUCCCCGAUGUUGCAAUGUUUACCUAAAUUGCUCAAGUCUGAAGAUUGCAAUAGCUAAUCUUCAAGAACAGCUAGCCUGCCAUGGCUGAACUGUUGUACACAUCUACAAUUUGUUCAACACCUUUAUUUAUAAACAUUUGAGGGACUGAAAUAAUGCAUCACCAAGUUGAAAUCCCACGCUUUAAAUAAUGUGAGCCUGCAUGUACACUUUUCAGAGCAUUUGUGUGUACUAGAUUUCAUUAAAUAAAUCACUGU